GUGUCUGUCCCCUCAUUGCCAAGGACACACACCGGUUGCUGGUCCAGGUGGCUACAGAGUGUCCUGGCUCUGCUACUAAAUAAUGGGGCUCCCCUCUCUGUCUCUGUUCAAGCCUCCUCAUAGGCCGAACCAGAGCUGAGGGGAAUACGUAAUUGCUUGCUCUAAUGCCUUUCCCUGUGACGCAGAACAGCAGUGCUAAAACCAGAAUGUAUCACGCCCCCUGGCCUAUAUUAGUGCCUUAUUGCUUAAACAUUUUGUAUUAGUGUAUUAUUUCUUUAAUGACUAGCCUCAACCACCCCGGCAGUGUUCAGAUGGGCUGUUGUUACCUCCAGUUUCUGCUACGCUACAUGUCACUAGGGACAGAUAUUGAUUGAUUCACCAGCUGUCUCAAAUUAAUUAGGAAGCAGUAUCAUUGUUGAAUUGUUUAAUUAUGGAAACCACCUGUGUGAGGGCCAACUAGAUUGUUCAUCACACAAGCAAAUAAAUGGCAAUGUUGAGAAAUGCCCUUUAAAACACAAUUUAAUUCAGGUUUUCAGAUGGAUUUUUACUGUUGUGUUUAUGAAGUUUAAUUAUAAGCUCAUCUUAAUGAAGGAGGGUUGUCAAAAAAGCAAGUUAAACCCAAUUUUAACUAUGUGGAGUGGUCAGGCAGGGGGUUAAGUGACCUGUGUCUUUCAACACUAUAAGGCUCUUGUGGUGCAGAUCGUGACUUGCUGAAUGAGUUGUGGAGGAUUCCCCUGUUCCUACAUCACAUAUUGUAGCAUACUGUACGAGCAAGUAUUUCUUCGAAAAGCUCCCGUCACUAAAGGAAAUCUGGUCUAUGGUUUUGGCUGAAGAAGGUGGUUCCACGAUGUCUCGGACUGACGAAGUACACCGUAUAACGGAGAAUGUCUAUAAGUCCAUUAUGGAGCAGUUCAACCCGUGCUUGCGGAACUUCGUUGCCAUGGGGAAGAGUUACGAGAAGGCCCUAUCCAGUGUCACAUUUGCUGCAAAGGGCUACUUCGAGGCACUGGUGAGGAUGGGAGAGAUGGCCAGCGAAAGUCAAGGCUCUAAGGAUCUUGGGGAUGUACUGUUUCAGAUGGCUGAGGUCCACAGGCAGAUCCAGAUGCAGCUUGAAGAUAUGCUGAAGUCGUUCCACAAUGAGCUUCUAACCGAGCUGGAGAAGAAGGUGGAGCUGGAUGCACGCUACCUGAAUGCAGCUCUGAAGAAGUACCAGAUGGAGCACAAGAGUAAAGGAGAGAGUCUGGAGAAGUGUCAGGCAGAACUGAAGAAGCUCCGCAGGAAGAGCCAGGGCAGCAAGAACCCCUCCAAGUACGGAGACAAGGAGAUGCAGUAUGUUGAGACCAUUGGCAGCAAGCAGAGUGACCUGGACCAGUACACAGCAGAGGGCUACAAGAGUGCGCUGUCAGAGGAGAGGAGGAGGUACUGUUUCCUGGUGGACAGACAGUGUGCCGUGGCCAAGAACAGCAGCUCCUUCCAUAGCAAGGGUAAGGACCUGCUAGCCCAGAAGAUCCCAGCAUGGCAGCAGGCGUGUGCUGACCCAACCAAGCUGCCUGACCGUGCCAUGCUCCUGGCUCAGCAGAUGACCUCUACAGGGGGUUCCCUGGGGUCAGUCUCCCACACCCACCAUGGUUCAAAGGGAAACCUGCUCAUCUCUGACCCCAUUCCCGGGGCCAAACCCCUGCCUGUACCCCCCGAGCUGGCUGCCCUCAUGGGCCAACAGCGUAUAAUGGGACCAGGAGGAGUGGAUGGAGGGAUGCCCAUGAUGAAUGGAACGACAGGGGCCCACGGAGGAGCAGGAGGGGGAGGAGGGGAGGACUACCAACACUGGAUGGAAGGGAAGAUGGCCCAGGCUCAGGCCCAGGCCCAGGCUCAGGCCCAGGCUCAGGCCCAGGCUCAGGCACAGGCCCAGGCUCAGUCCCAGGCUCAGGCCCAAGCUCAGACCCAGCAGGCUCAGACCUCCUCCCAGGCCCAGCACCUUUCCCAGCCCCACAGACAGGGCAGUGAGGUCUACUCCAACACCCUGCCUGUCCGUAAGAACGCCCCAGCCAAGAGCAACACCACCAUGGUUCCAGAGACCCGGACCCUUCCCCGGUCCAGCUCCAUGGCUGUAGGGCUGGAGAAGAACGGACGUACCCGUGUCCAGGCCGUUUUCUCCCAUGCAGCGGGGGACAACAGCACCUUGCUCAGCUUCUCUGAAGGAGAUGUCAUCACCCUGUUGGUCCCGGAGGCCCGCGACGGAUGGCACUAUGGGGAGAAGGAAAAUAACUACAUGCGUGGCUGGUUCCCUUUCUCCUACACACGUGUCAUCCCCGAGACUGACAGCAACAAACUACGAGUCAACAAUCUCCACCAUGGUAAGAGCAGCAGCACGGGGAACCUGUUGGAGAGAGAGGACAUGGCAGGUGUCCCUCCCCCAGACUACGGCAUGUCAUCUCGCCUGCUGGCACAGAGCAUGCAGAGCGCAGCCAUGGCUCACAGCAGCAGACGGCAACAACGGCCAUAUAGCGUGGCAGGGCCGGGCUUCUCACAGCAAGGACUUGAACAGUAUGAGCAACGUUUUCCGAAGAGUUCCGAUGGGGGAACAAUUACGAAAUUGAUUUCUACAGUGUGAGAAGGGACAGACAGACAGACAGACACAGACUCGGCUUGCUGCUGCUGCAAUAAGACUUACUGACUGCCAGGCACCUCAGCAAUCCCUCAUCAUCCGCCCUCCUCACCAGUCACUCUAACCCUCACCCCUCCCCUCUAUCUAACCCUCACCCUCCUCUCUCUAACCCACCACAACAUUCCCCUCUCCUCCGGCGCUUACCAGUCUACCCCCAAUUCCACCAAGGGAAAGCCUUGUCUACCCCCAAUUCCACCAAGGGAAAGCCUUGUCUACCCCCUUCCCAAUUCCACCAAGGGAAGGCCUUGUCUACCCCCUUCCCAAUUCCACCAAGGGAAAGCCUUGUCUACCCCCUUCCCAAUUCCACCAAGGGAAAGCCUUGUCUACCCCCCACAAUUCCACCAA